CUUUGAUAUUCUAUUGCAAAAAGAGAAGGUAGGAGGAUACAGUUCAAACACUUUGACCUUAAGGUAACAUUUAAACCUCAAAGGCCAGAGCCAGUGGUAUGACCUUUUUAAGAAAGAAAAGAUAACUGUCAGAUAGAUAGAUAGAUAGAUAGAUAGAUAGAUAGAUAGAUAGAUAGAUAGAUAGAUAGAUAGAUAGAUAGAUAGAUAGAUAGAUAGAUAGAUAGAUAGAUAGAUAGAUAGAUAGAUAGGGAAAUAAUUUUAAACUGUACUCAAUCACAACCAUCCUGCUACUGUUUAAUGCUGUUUCAGUUGGAAGAUGCUGGUGUGUGACAGGCCUCACACCUCAACGAUGGACCUCAGUCAAACCGCCCCCAGCUUCACCAGACUCUGCCAUCCCCAUGGCAAUUAUUACCUAGUGACAUUUCUCAGAGCUGUAGUGGGCGGUAGGAGGAGCUUGCUCUAUUGGGAAUCCAACAAGACACCCUUAUCUGUGACUUCUUAAAAUAUAUUUCUAGACUAAACUGGAGCUGACACAUGUUUUUGUCAUUCUCUCACAAUCUGGGGACUGCUUGUCAGGACAUUCCCUGUCUUCACGCGCCUCAGUGAGUUUCUGCUCGACGCUGGUCCUCAACAAUGUCAGGUGAUCUGUGUGGUGCAUCUGGGCCCAAGCCCCUCAGGCCCCAGCGAUCCCUCCCAGGGACGCCUGUUUCUCUCACACACUACCCCAUUGACCUGCGAACAUCCAUGGAGGAAAAGUACAAAGAGAUUGCUCAGGAGCUGUUCACGCGCAGCAUGGCAGAGAGCGAGAUGCGAAGCGCUCCUUAUGAGUUCCCGGAGGACAGCCCUAUUGAACAGCUGGAGGAGAGACGGCACCGCCUAGAGAGGCAAAUCAGCCAGGACAUUAAGCUUGAGCCAGAGAUCUUGCUCCGUGCCAAACAGGACUUCAUGAAAAUCGACAGUGCGGCAGACCUAGAGUUAAUGAAGGAGCAGAGUGUGGACACGGUUGAUGAUGGCUUUAAGGGGAGGGAAAUGCCAAUGGAGCGAGAGUACCAGCGGGUCUCAAUAUCUGGAGAGGAAAAGUGUGGGGUGCCUUUCACUGACCUGGUAGAUGCUGCUAAGUGUGUGGUGAAGGCGUUAUUCAUUCGGGAGAAGUACAUAAACCGAUCCAUGCAGAGCUUUUGUAAGACCACAACUCACGCCUUACAGGACCUCGGGAUGAAGCCUCUGGAUCUGAGAGUCUAUGAUGACAUACCGGAGACCCCUGUAGAUGCUGAUGCCCCCGUCCACCCACCUGUUUCCGAGACACACCCCUAUGACAAUCAGGACCCCAAGAAUAUGCCACCAGACACUGGAUAUGGGUGCAAGAUGGUGGAUGGAGUAGUCCGUGUCUACACCAAGAAAAACAACAUGGAAAGCACAGAACUGGACCUGCCGUAUCCUGACCUGAAGGAGUAUAUUGCAGACAUGAAUGUUAUGAUGGCCCUCAUCAUCAACGGGCCAGUGAAGUCUUUCUGCUACCGCCGCCUCCAGUACCUAAGCUCCAAAUUCCAGAUGCACAUCCUCCUGAAUGAGAUGAAGGAGUUAGCAGCUCAGAAGAAGGUUCCUCAUAGAGACUUCUACAAUAUACGAAAGGUGGACACACACAUACAUGCAUCAUCCUGCAUGAACCAGAAGCACCUGCUGCGAUUCAUCAAGAGAGCCAUGAAAAAAUAUCCCGGGGAGAUCGUUCACAUUGAGCGUGGCCGGGGUCAGACCCUCAAGGAAGUGUUUGAGACCAUGAACCUGACAGCCUUCGACCUGAGUGUUGACACUCUCGACAUGCAUGCGGACCGUAACACGUUCCAUAGGUUUGACAAGUUCAAUGCCAAAUACAACCCCAUUGGAGAAUCCAUCCUCAGAGAGAUUUUCAUCAAGACUGACAACCACGUUGAAGGAAAAUACUUUGCACACAUAAUCAAGGAGGUGAUGUAUGACUUGGAGGAGAGCAAAUACCAGAACUCUGAGCUACGUCUGUCCAUCUAUGGCCGCUCCCGAGAUGAGUGGGACAAGCUGGCUCAGUGGGCCGUCAAACACCGAGUGUACUCUGAUAAUGUGCGCUGGCUUAUCCAGGUGCCACGUCUAUUUGAUGUUUACCACACAAAGAAGCAGCUGGCUAAUUUCCAGGAGAUGUUGGAGAAUAUCUUCUUACCUCUGUUUGAGGUCACGAUCAACCCCCGCAGUCAUCCUGAGCUGCAUCUCUUCCUGGAACAUGUGGUGGGUUUUGACAGUGUGGACGAUGAGUCCAAACCUGAGCACCACAUUUUCAACCUUGACAGUCCGCUGCCAGCCAACUGGACAGAAGAAGACAACCCACCCUACUCCUACUACCUCUACUAUACUUACGCCAACAUGACUGUGCUCAACCACCUGCGAAGGCGUCGAGGAUUCCAUACAUUUGUCCUGCGACCUCACUGUGGGGAGGCGGGGCCAAUCCACCACCUGGUGUCAGGUUUCAUGUUAUCAGAGAACAUCUCCCAUGGGCUGCUGCUCAGAAAGGCUCCAGUGCUGCAGUAUCUUUACUACCUGGCUCAAAUUGGCAUUGCCAUGUCACCACUGAGUAACAACAGCCUGUUCCUCAGUUACCAUCGCAACCCACUGCCGGAGUACCUGUCCAGAGGCCUCAUGGUCUCUCUGUCCACUGAUGAUCCCCUUCAGUUCCACUUCACUAAGGAGCCUCUGAUGGAGGAAUACAGCAUUGCUACUCAGGUGUGGAAACUGAGUUCCUGUGACAUGUGUGAGCUGGCAAGAAACAGUGUCCUCAUGAGUGGGUUUUCACACAAGGCCAAAAGUUACUGGUUGGGCCCCAGUUAUUCCAAGGAGGGUCCUGAAAGCAACGACAUCCGUCGCACCAACGUCCCUGAUAUCCGUGUGGCAUACCGCAGCGAGACGCUCUCUGAGGAGCUUAAUCUCAUCACUCAUGCCGUGCGCACAGAGGAGCUGGACACUAUUGAUGAGGAGGACUCUCUGUCCAUGGGCCCUCUGCCAGGACAGCGCUGAAUACUGUCAUCCUGUCUCAUCCUGUAAACCCACAACCCUGUGGUCCACCUAGCAUGACACUGAACAGGCAUGGUGCGAGAGUAAUUCUGCUGUUCAUUUUACAUAAAGUAUAAACACCACCAACCAUCACUAUAGAAGUAUGCCGCACACUGACAGCUGCACUGUUAUCAAAAAGCCAAGGAUACAGUGCUGCCAGAGCACUUGAGCUUCGACAUCCUUCAACUUCUUGUGUCCAAAUCAUUUUUAUGUUGCAGGAAAAUACAUUACAUCCAUAUUAUUGUUAAAAUGUUUAAUUUGAGGUUCUCCCCAGCUCUUUUUUUAGUAUCCCUGUAAUGUUCAAUCUGAGUCAGCAUGAUGAUGGUUAGCAGAUGCACCAGCAGGGAAACACUAGAAGCCAGUGUUUACGUCACCAGACCCACGACGACAAUGCUCUCUUUAUUUCUCCAUCCAGUCCAUGAGUCAGGCUGUCCAUCCUGUCCUGCUGCAGCCAACAAAUGAUCCCUGCAACAUUUCCUGUCAUUCACUGAAAAGUUUUCAUCAGAGAUAUUAUAUUAUCUCUGUCGUAUUUACAGAAACACAGAUAACCUGCACAUGUAAACUUUCCUAACAGCAAACCUGUUCUGAAUGUUGCUUAUCUUCCACUGUACAGUCAUGCUGCUUAAAUAACCUUAGUGUUUCUAUCAUCUUCAUUAUACAAACUUAGAAUGACUACAGAUGCAGCUUUAUUGGAAUAAUGCUGAGGUUGUUUGUGAAGGUGGGACAAACCUACACAACAAACUUUGUCAGGCGGCUUAAAGCUUGAAGAGACUAAAUCAGUCCUGUAACAAGAGGCGAUAGCUUCAGUCUGACUGCUGCAGUGCUGAAUAUCAGCCAUGCAUGGUGCUUGGUGUGGUUUCAGAUCAUUUGUUCGCCAAAUUGCACACACAGAAUCGUUCUUCCGUGAUUUCGAUCAGCUCCUACAUUAACAGAAAAGAGAGAAACUCCAUAACAAUCAAGUGAAGACAGAAGCAGACUUUCUGCAGUCGACAGCAAACAUUCCAUGAAGCAAACUACUUUUAGCUGCAAAAGAAUUGAGUCCCAGUAAGAAAAUCUUUUUUGUUUUGAUAUUUUCUGAGAGAGAUAUAAAGGGGAAAUGUGUAUUGUAGAUUGUAACUUGAGCACAAGUUAGUGUGAAUGAAUUAAGCAUCGCCCAAGGAGAAAGCCCUCACCUUUACCUCACUGUGGCCAUGAAGACAUGGGCCCUCUGUCCCUCCGAGGGUCCUGCUCACACUCAUUCCUUCCCCAGUGAAUGAACUAGAAAGCCGUGGAGUUUUUUUCCCUUUGCAUGCAGUGCACUGUACAUAUGCACCAAGCCAAGAUUUCACAGUGCCUUUUCAUUUUUAGCUUUUGGGCACUGCAUGCCCAUGUUUCUCCAAACUGUUUACAUGUAUAAAGGUUUGCUCUUUAUCACGCAACAAGUAUUGCAUAUAUUUUUCCUCACUCAUAUACAGUAGGCCUCUGCGCUGUUGUAAUAAUCACGCAGAUGGAACUGAAACCACCUAGCUGCAUGCUUGGUGUAAAAUAACUUUUACCUUGGCCUUCACUUGAGGAGGAAAGUUGAUUUGUUUCUAGUUCUCUGCUCAUAAGUGCUUCUUUUUUUUUUUUUUUGCAUGUCUGCAUGAAUAGUGGACGACAGGAGAGAAUGAGUCGUUUACCACAAGCUGUUAUGUAAAGCAUCUUAACUAAUUCAGGGCUGCCCACCAGCUUCCGAGUCAGAAAUCUGUUUGCAGUGAAUAUUACAGCAAACACAAUUGAACUCAGCAUUGUUCACCAUGUAGACAUGAACAAACCAUGCUGGGACAUGGUUGAGACCGUCACAUGGUUCUUGUAGCAUUUGUUUUUAACUCGCCCCCAAAUCUGAUUUAAAGCUGGGAUCACACAUCUCAGAUUUUUGUAUCGUUAACUCUUCAUGUUUUCAGACCACUCUACCUGCCACUGGACACUGUCCAACCUCCCAUCAACUGUGAGCAUUCUUCUUAUUCCUGGACGCUACUGUCGAGUAAUAUAUGACGCCAAGACUAGAAAAUAAUGAAUCAGGAAAUGUGGGCCUCUAUCUGAAUAACCACCUGUAAUGUUUUAUGAUAUAUACACGUUUGCUUUAGAGAUGAUUAAGAUGAAAGAUGAGAUACAGUAGCUUCUAAGUGUUCAGGGGAUGCACUGGCGUUGUGCGCUGAACAUGGUGGAAUAUGUGUGAUUCUUGGAUUUCAUGUAUAAAGUGUAUUUUUUUAAUGGCGAUAUAGAGAUAAGAAAUUUUAUAUUCGCAAUAUAUUGAUGUCAAGGUUUAACACUUAGUUUUGUUGCCGUUGAUAGUUUUUUUCAAUGCCGUUUUAUUGUCGUUAGCCUUUUUAAUUUGUUAAAGGAAUUGGAUACAACACUUAGUGUAAGUUCUGCCGAUUUAAUAUUAUAGUAACUGUUUCCCCUCAUGUUUAAUUUUUAUUACUGGUAGUUGUUGUGGUAGACCUGUACCAUUCAUGAUAGAAAGGUACACGAUUGAUACCUCUGACUUUAAAACCAAAAGUUGUCUCUACAGUAGCCAGCCAGACACUGACCCCUACACACACACACACACACACAUACACACACACACACAGAAACACACAAACACAAACUAAACCUUAUUCUACAUCAAGGCAGUUGACUUUUUCAUUUUUUUGUUGAAUGCAAACAAUCAUUUCAACCAUGUCUGUGAGAACUUUAGUCCUUUUCACUUGGGCUGAUCCACUGACGGACUGUGAGCUACACUGACUUGUCCUGAUACAUCAGUCCAAUCAGGUGGCUGAAGCACACAGUAUAUUAAGUAUAUUUCUCCAUUCACUAGCUGCAAUGUUUAACAACCACCUCGUUGACUACCUUAUAACAUUUUGUAAGGUAAUUAUGGAAAUAGAUUUUCGAUGACAGUUUUCCCUGUUGUGAUUUUAUCUCUAAAAGACAAAUAGGAUCUGACCCGAACCUUUUCCGUCCAUUCAGCUUCACAACUUGUUGUUCACUGUAUCUAUGUCGACUUCAUGGUUGUCUUUUACAGUCACCACAGAGCUACUCAUCUGUGCACUCACAGCAUAGUGCGCCCUACCUCACAAAUACUAAUCUCUGAUAAUGAUAAUUGAUAAUUAAAUCUCUGUGUUGUCCUCAGCAACAGCUUAGCUGACACUAAUCAUUAUUUUCAGUACUGACUAAUCCACUGAUUAUUUUCUCGAUAAAUCGCUUGGUGUAUAAAAUUAGAAAAUAGUGGAAAAUGCCUGUUAUAACUCCCAGUGCUGUGAGGUGAUGUAAUCAGAUUGUUUUCUCCAACCAAGAGUCCAAACACCUGGUGUACCAUGGUAGCAAACAAAGAUACAACAACAAAUCUUUACGUUUGAGAAGCUUGAACCUGUGAAUUCUUCAAAAAUUAUGUAAAAAGAUCAAGAAAUCAUCACAAUUGUUGCUGAUUAUUUUUCUGUCAAUUAGCUAAUUGAUUUAUCUCAGUAAAUAAUGGCACAGGAGAAGCAAUUCCCAAGAGAAAAGAAGAGUAGAAACCAUUUAAAGAUACUGUAGAGUUCUCUGAGCAGUUUGUUUGGAUGCCAACACAAAAACACACCAGUUAUUCAAAUAUAAUAUUCACAGAUUAAUAGUCUACUAUCUAUAUGAAUAUGUUCUGUUGUUAAGACAUUCAGCUUGAUUUAUUUGUGUGUUCUAAUGUCACAGUGUAUUAAUUACAAAUAUUCUGAUGCUCACACUCACAAGUUAUGUUUGUGUUCAGCUGAUAUUUUUUCUAGUAUCUUUGUUUUUACACAGUCUUGUCACUUUUUUGACAUGGGUUUUUUUAAUUUUUAAUUUUUAAUUUUGCCUAUAUUUUGUGUCCAUUGAUCUGUAGCCAUAUUAUUGUCUGAAAUGGAUUGUCAGUGUUUUACAGAUUCAAAUGCUUCUGAUAAAGUUCAUGUGUAAUGUCUGAACAAUGAAAUAAAGCAUGUUUAUUUACAGAUUACAUAAUGACCACAUA